AUGAGAUCAGGUUCUCUACUCUCGUCUAUCGAGACGCCAUAUCCCGCUGAUGUGCUUCUCUUCUGGCCAAAUGAUCGACGGUUGAUGGUGGUCGGGACGUACUUGUUGAGAGAGAAUGAGAAGAAGACAUCCUCGAGCGACAGGAUUGGCAAGGUUAUGGUGUACCACGUACAUCGUGAUGAACAAUGGAGAAUCCAGCCUGUACAGGAGCUAGAUUGCCCCGCCAUCCUCGAUCUGCGCUGGGAUCCUCACAACCCAUCUCGACUGAUUGCAGCGCAUUCGACCGGCAACCUGACAACAUAUAACGUCAUCGCAGACCUAUUACGUCUCGAAGCCUGCGCUGACUCGCAUGCUGUUGAGGAUUCAUCUACUCUCCUGCUACAGAUUGCAAUGGAUCCGGUACGUUCUGGUCAGGUUCUGUCAUCAUCCUCGGCGGGUGAUUUGACCAUGUACGACCUCAACGCGGAGUCAGUCGUGCAGACGUGGAACGGUCAUGACUUGGAAGCAUGGACCUGUACGUAUGAUCAGGGUCGACCUGAUAUGAUAUGGUCCGGGGCAGACGACGCCACUAUCAAAUGUUGGGACACUCGCACGCCUGAUAUGCCUGUCUUCGUUGAUCGACGAACGCACGAGGCCGGUGUAACAGCCAUCUUGCCAAACGGUACGGGCGAGUUCAUGUUGACUGGGAGUUACGACAAUCAACUCAGGAUCUUUCGCCAAAGUGUAUGCGCACCGAAGUUCUCUCCUCGGCAGGAAACUGCCAAGGUGGAUCUUGGGGGGGGAGUCUGGAGGCUUGUGCCAAAUCCGGGCAAUGCGUACAGAUUACUAGUCUGUUGCAUGUACGAGGGUGCUAGAGUGGUUGAGUGGUGUGUAGGAAAGCGGGAUGAAGAUUCACUUGAGGUGGUGAGCACAUUUGAAGGAGAGCACAAAAGCAUCACGUAUGGCUGCGAUUGGGCAAGCGAAGAGGUGGCUGCAACUUGCUCGUUCUACGAUAAGUUGAUUUGCUUGUGGCGAGUAUAG